AUGUCUUCAAACUCAACAGCGUAUACCGGCCUCCAAGCAGACGAGCGUGGGGUAUUUGGCAGCAAAAAUGACCAGCAACUACCGAGCUGGUCCACCAACAUGAUGUUUCCGAAGGCUGCAUAUGUCGGAGUUGCGUUAGACGAUAUCGACACGGUAGAUGUCGACGUCAGAAGUGUACAGACCAGGUUUAGCCAAACCAGUGGCUUCAGCAGAUCUUCCCAGACAAGCUAUCUGUCGAAUGUUUCCCUCCUCAGGACUCGAAUGAAAGCACAGGCUUCUAUCGCAGCAUCCAGUCUCAAGGCACAGAUUCGACAGCUCUUUACUGUCUCAUUUUGGCGCACGCUUCCUUCUCAGACUAAGACAUGGUGGCAAGAGGUCUGGUCAGAUGCGAAAACCCUCAGGCUGGGCCACCAAUUCUACCGCAUCUUCAAUUUCACUGGUCCACUUGUGGUAAUCAUCCUUCUAUGUAUGGUUCUGAAGAUCAUCACUCGAAAAGACCUCUAUCCGGUCGACGAAGCGUGUCGACCGGAUGCAGGGUUCUAUGUUGGUGAUACCGAGUACAACAUCUUUGCAUCCACUGGCUUCUUCCAGAUAACCCUGGCUUUUGGGACACUACCAUUCUCAACCGCAAAAAUCAUCGACGUGGCUUGGGAUGUCGUGGUUGGGCGGGGUGGCCAAGGAAUCUUGGUGGCAAUAUGUUUCCUGGUCUAUGGUAAGGCUCUUGUGCGGUCUAUGGAAUCGACUUCCGUAUCAUAUGGAACGUAUGAAGCGAUUACCCUACAGUCUGGGUCAAUUACUGGCAGUCUCAAACUGGCAAGGGACCUGUUCAAAAAUCCUACAAUGCGAGCCAAGUUUUUGAUCUUCUGGAUAAUAAUCAGCGCGCUUUUCGUUCUAUUGUUUCCGACUAUGGCCAGCGCAAUGAGUGGCUAUGCUGCGAACAUCGAUGCUUACAUCGCCACAGAUGACGGAAACAUGAUACCAUACUCGAAGUUUCAUCUCAUCAGAUACAUCAUACACGACGCCCAUCGGCUGGGAGAUGAUUUCGGCAAGGACCACAAAGUCGCCACUGGCAGUAAACAGCCCACGGAAGUCGCUGAUGUCACAUACUCUGCCGACGAAUGUAUUACACCGUACUAUCCCUAUCAAACCUAUAGUGACGAUCUACUUGAUUGGUCUCCGACAGAAGGAGUGCCCGCGUGUGAAUUCUACUGGCAUGUUUCAGAGUACGCAUUCAAUUACGGGUUCCUUGGUACGAAUCAGACCAAUUCCACCUUCAACAACAGUGGCACAAUCAUUUCUUUAGAUCCACCGAGUCUGGAUAUCAGCGCCAUAUUUUGGAAAGAAAGUUGGCUUGAUUACAGCCGCAAUGAUGAAUGGUGGGAGUAUCCCUACGGAUAUGAAUGGAAAGCUGAAAAUGGCUCCCAGCCCUUCAAGAGAAUACAAAAUGCUUCGCUCACAGACGGAGAGUACACAUUCACACUUGAGGAGCUCAAUCAGCGUGGUCAGUGCCAGCAGUCAAACACGAGCUACAAAUGGGGAUUUUCGUUCCUUAUUCUCUUCUCCGUCCUCGUGGGAUUUGUCGUGUGGUGUGUCGGAAUGUAUGUUCUAUGGGUAGAUGCCUUCCUAAACUCGCGAGUGGACAAUGCUGGUAGACAUAUUGGACUUCAGCGCGCUGUACUGGACCUAGCAUCUGUUAUGAAGAACGAUAUUGGUGACAACUUAAGCGAGAUGGCGUCGAAUAAUCACUUAAAUAAAAAGGUUCGCAACGACCUCAAAGGGGGAAGAAUCGAUUAUCAGAUGCUUACGCAAGAGCAUCUACCCAUGAGUAGAUGGAAUCAGGCUUUUCGGAAUCGACGAGGCAGAACCAAGCGCGAAGCAAUUUUGAUAUGGGCCAAGGCUGAUUGGAAGUGGCUCACUUUCUUCCUCCUCUCGGCCGUGUUCCUCAUCGUGGCGGUCUGCGGAUCCCAUGCGCCGGUCUUGACGCCUAUCUUUUUCUGCUAUGGCAGCGCCGCAGGCCUAUAUGUUGGCCCUACACACAAAGGACGCUGGCUGCUAUUUCUCAUAUGUCUUGCUAUCGGCAUCGCCAUGGGUCCUAUUGGACCCUACGUGUAUCUGAGCAAGUCUCAUUAUGCCCUCGUUUGGCUAAGCACAGAUCCCUAUUAUGCCAUCUGGUGGUGGUAUGGGUGA